AUGCCCAAAUCUAUUCUCGCCGUUAACGCGGGGUCAUCCUCCGUCAAAAUCACUUUCUAUACAUUCGAGCAACCACCAAGGACAAUCGCAGAUGCAUCGAUUUCUGGGAUUACCGCGCCCCCACCCAUGUUCAAGUAUCAACAGGGUGACAAAAAACACAAGGAAGAACUGAAAGAAAAACUCAGCACACCUCAAGAUGCAUUCAAAUACCUCUUGAGGCGCUGUUUUAGCGACCCCGAGCUCUCCGAAGUCGCUAGUGCCGAUGACCUGAAGUAUAUCUGUCACCGAGUAGUUCACGGAGGCGACUACCACGACGCAGUCGAAAUCAAUGAUGAGACACUGGAUCGCUUGAAAGGACUAGAAGACCUGGCACCACUACAUAAUUUCUCCGCGCUGGAGAUAGUUCGCCUGUGCAGGAAAGAACUACCCAAGGUGACAAGCAUCACCUUCUUCGACUCCGCAUUCCACAAAACUAUUCCCGAAGCCGUGCGCACGUAUCCCAUCAACCAAGAUAUUGCCAAGGCGAACGGCCUACGGAAGUAUGGCUUCCAUGGGAUCAGCUACUCGUUUAUCCUGCGAUCUGUAGCACAGUUUUUGGAGAAACCGAUAGAGAAGACGAAUCUCAUUGUUAUGCAUAUCGGGAGUGGGGCUUCGAUAUGUGCGAUUAAAAACGGGGAAUCGGUGGAUACUUCAAUGGGCCUGACUCCCUUGGCAGGAUUGCCUGGUGCAACGCGGAGUGGAAGUAUCGAUCCUUCAUUGGUAUUCCACUACACCAAUGAAGCGGGCAAACUAAGCCCAGCCAGCACAACAGGAAUGCACAUCAGCACGGCGGAAGACAUCCUCAACAAACAAUCGGGGUGGAAAGCCCUCACAGGAACGACCGACUUCGCCAAGAUCGCCGUACCCGAUCCACCAAGCAAAGAACACAAACUCGCCUUCGACAUCUUCAUUGACCGCAUCCAGGGCUACAUCGGCAGCUACUACGUCAAACUCAACGGUGAAUUAGACGGUCUGGUCUUUGCGGGCGGGAUCGGUGAGAAGAGUUCCAUGUUGAGAGGAACGCUAGUCGAGAAAUGCCAGUGUCUAGGUUUGGCAAUCGAUGAUGCGGCUAAUGACAAGGGGCCUGGGGAUGAAGAGACGGUCAAAGACCUUUCCAAAGGUACCAGCAAGGGGCCCCGAGUUCUGGUGUGCCAGACCAAUGAACAAUUUGAGAUGGCAUACCACUGCGCAAACUCGCGGUGUUGA